GGCCUGAUUUAAUUAAAUACACGUUUGAUCAGCCAAUGAACGGGGCUCGUGGACUGGACGUAAGGCGCAUGUAAAGGAGGAGCUGAUAGCCGUCCUAUCAUAUGACUUAUAUGAGACCGUGUUUGAGAUCAUAGCACUGCGCUGAACCGGGUCAUACUCGGUCCGGACGUCACUCACGCCGUCUGUCUGCUAGAGAAACCAUCCACGCGUCGCCAUGGCUCUUCGCGGUUGUGUGAUUCUGCUCUUUGUUUUGCUCAGUGGUUCUGUCUAUGCGGAUGACAUGGCAAUGACCUUAGCACCUGGGAUGCAAGAGCCAAGUACUAGCCAAAUCCCUACAGUAACACAGACGGGUUCUCCAUCCAGCUCUGCGGCCCCUACGGCUACCACACCUCCCACCACAGAAGCUCAGACUACCAUGACCACAAAAGCUCAGACUACCAUGACCACAAAAGCUCAGACUACCAUGACCACAGAAGCACCGACUACCCAUAAAAACACAACCAAUUCUACCACAGAAGCUCCAACUACCACGCAUCACAUCCCCACCACAGAACCUCCAACCACCCCACACCAUAAUACAACUAAUUCCACCACCGAAGCGCCAACUACAGCGCACACUAAUGCUACGACAUCACCGACCCCUCCUCCAACCACCCCCCCAGUCCCCAAACCGACGGUUGGAAACUACAGUGUCAGGCCUGACGUCAACUCCUCCAUCUGUCUUUUAGCAAAGAUGGGCCUGCAGUUCAGCUUCACAACAAGUGGGAAUGCCAGCCGUCAAACUAUUAAUGUUGAUCCGAAUGUAACACUUGCAAGCGGGACCUGUGGAAGUGGUGGCAGUGACUCUUCUCUUGUGCUGAAGUCUGACAAAAUUACAGUUCACUUUGUUUUCACAAAUGUUUCCGAAAAAUUCCGCAUGCAUGCUUUAGUGCUUUCGAUUGAUAUCGGACAGGGAAGCUUUUUCAAUGAAUCCAAUACUAAUCUGUCUCUGUGGGAGGCGUCUGUUGGAAGCUCCUACAUGUGCAGAAAAGAGCAGACUUACAACAUCUCGGACAAGCUUACCAUCAACACAUUUGAGCUACAAGUGCAGCCUUUUGCAGUCAAGAAGGACACAUUUAGCACAGCCCAUGAAUGUUCAAUGGAUGACAUCAGCCUCUUAAUCCCAAUCAUUGUUGGUGCUGUUCUGGCUGGUUUGAUUUUCAUUGUUGUGAUUGCAUACGUGAUUGGUCGACGAAGGACCUAUGUUGGAUAUCAGACACUGUAAUGCAACAAAAAUCACAAAAUCAAAUCCUAGGGACACCAAGCCUGUUCCUGGACCAUUGUAAAUAUUGUGGGUAAUUGUAUGAUUACGAUUGGCUACUGACUCUUGGCCACAGGAGUCCAAAUAUUUUUUUGUGUGUUUGUGGUCGAUUAAUCCAUCAUCCUUAAAACUGCAACCGCAUUAGAAACCUGAAGAAACAGUGGCAUUCCAGGAUCAUGGCUUCAUAUUGUUAAUUAGUUUGUAUGUAUGAGGCACAUUUUGUUUUUUUGUGUGUGUGUUUUGACAGUUUUGAUUGUGAAGUGCAUGUUUUUUUCCUUCCUCUUGUAAUCAGAGCUCUUAAAUGCAAAUUAGUGCUGUUACAUCAGUCCUGGUAUUUUGCCUUUGCCCGUUUUUUCGAAGUUAUCUUAUGCAACUACACGAUUGUGUCAUAGAUAUACCCCCCCACCCUCCAUCCUUUAGGCAUUCCUUUAAUGCUUUUUGUCAUUGUGAUUUCAAAUAAUUUGGCAUCUUUUUUAUAAUUCAUGCCUAUCAGUCCUCAUUAUUGCAUCCACAGCAAAAAAUAUUUGGUUUGUCUAAAAUAGUUUAUAUUGAGAAGCAUUUCAGCAUGUAAGUCAAAUAUAAAAAGUAAUUUCUGGGACAUUUUGUACUAUAGUGAACUGACAGAUUUCCAUACCUCACAUUUAUUAAAAUCACGUUGUUUUGAAAUUUGUUGGCAAUCUUUUAUUCAGAGCAGCUGUUUGUGGAAACUCCAAAAAUGGUGGUCAAAACUAGACUGAUGUCCCUUUCAAACAAUAGAGUUUCUAGGACAGGGAAAAACAAAGGCUUAUCAUUAAGUUUAAACAUUCACAAGCUUUUAAAAAAGAAAUACAGACCGGUGUUAAAAAAAAGUGCAAUGGCUUGUUUUUCCCAGAUAUACUUAGAAUAUACCACUUUACAUUUUACUAUUACUAAAUAUAUUGUGGGAUGUUUUAUUUAAUUUAAAAGGGAUGGCUACAAAUUCAAGCAUGCGUCAGCUUUAAUCUCAGCUACUUUUCACAAUAUUUUCCUCUUGCAUAACUAGUCUAAAAGAUACAUAUUGCUUAUAGCAUACUAUGAAUUCUACUUGCUGGAGGAUCCCUUUGUAAUGUCGUGUGGUGGUGGCUGUGGAUGCAUUUUGUAUACAUGGUCACGUUUUGUUGCUUUAAUUUGAGUUGAAAAGCUUUUGCACAGUAUCGUUUCUUUAUAUUUUCUUAAGCCUUUCUGAUUUACUUUGCCUGAUUGUCUUUGUUUUCUCCUCUGGAGAAUUCACUGUUCAUACACAAGUCUAAUUUAGGCUAUGCACCUGCACAGAAUCUGGUGUGAAUCUCUUUUUUCCACUAUAACCAGAACGCAUUAAAACUUGGAAUGGUCAUUUUGUGCCUUGCUUAAUAAAAUUGCUUCUCUUGCCAUCCAGGCAGUACAUAGCUUUGUCAAUAAAGAGAAUUUCUUUUUCUUAAGCACAUUUGUGACAUUUUGCUAGACUUUUGUGAAAAGGGAUUCUUGAUCUGACUGCCCUAAAACUUGAUGUGUGAUUUGGUGUUUUGCAAUGGAUUUGUCAAAAGUUUUAAUGGGCUUUUAGCUGCAAUAAACUGAGAAAUAUAAUUGUGUACACAUUAAAACUGGUGUGGGCCAUCUUUUCAGUCUAAAGAAAGCUAUCGUGGAAUUCUUUAGAUUAUGGUUGUACUUCUGUCCCAAAUAUAAUUAAAUUGCCGUGUUAAUUGAAAUAAUUUUGCAUUUUGUUUGCUCUUGUCUAUUGUCCCUUACCCAUUCUCUUUAUUUUCAGCUGAGGAUUGUGAAGCGGAUCAGCCAGAUAACUUCAUUG